UGUGGAAUUUCGUCAUUUCUACCUCUGAGAAUUUAUAGAGACCACAUCCACCAUUAAAUAAAUGUUUGAGUUAUGCUUAUGAAGUAAGAAAGAUUGGGGAUAGAAGUGCAAAUUUUUAUAAACGGAUCUUCUAUAAAUUGAAGUCAUCGCUUCUGCCGUGUGAUUUUGCAGUAUUAAUCAUUUGACUCAUUUUUCCUAAACAGAGGUAAUAAAAUGUCAGGCCCACACUCUCAGUGCUGUGAAAAUCCACCAACUCUAGGCUCAAGCACUGGGAUAGGGCAUGUUGAAGAGCUUGGAGGCCUCAAAUGCUAUAUUUCUGGCUCUGCUGAUUCCAAGCUUGCUGUUAUUCUGGUUUCUGAUGUUUUUGGAUAUGAAGCUCCUAACUUGAGGAAGCUUGCGGACAAAGUUGCUGCUGCUGGAUUUUAUACUGUUGUGCCAGAUUUCCUGAAUGGAGAUCCAUAUGAGCCAGAGAAUGUUGAUAGGCCCUUUCAGAUAUGGAUAAAAGAUCAUGGACCAGACCAAGGAUUUGAAGAUGCAAAGCCAGUUAUUGAAGCUCUAAAAAGCAAAGGCAUAGAGAAGAUUGGAGCUGUAGGCUUUUGUUGGGGAGCCAAGGUCGCUGUGGAACUAGCAAAGUAUGCUUAUAUCCAGGCUUCAGUGAUCCUACAUCCUUCAUUUGUAUCUUUAGAGGAUAUACAGGCGGUUAAGGUUCCAAUUUCUAUUCUUGGAGCUGAGAAUGAUGAAAGGUCUCCACCAGAGCUCUUGAAAGAAUUUGAUGCCGCCUUAAACGCAAAGCCUGAGGUCGACGCCUUCGUGAAAGUAUUUCCUGGGGUUUCACAUGGUUGGUCUGUGAGGUACAAGGAUAAUGAUGAAGCUACUAAAAAGUGUGCAGAAGAGGCUCAAAAGGACAUGUUGGAUUGGUGUAUUAAGUAUUUGAAGUAAAUUAUCGUAAAUUAUGUUUACUUAUUUCAUAUGCAGUUUGUUGAGGAUAUGUUUGCUUGAAUAUGGUGGAUUGUUGUAUCAAUCUUUAUUUCUUGGACCAGCUUGUAGGUGCUGAGGUAGUGAAAUUGUACUCAUGUACGAGGGUCAAAAGACCUACCUCUUGUGAAACUUUCAAAUUGAGCUUGCCUGUGAAUUUCGUGUCAUCUAUGGCAUAUUUGAUAUGGACAAUAUUGUCGCUAA